AUGGAGAACAUCCAAUAUCUGACUAACGAUGCAAUUCACAGCCUGCUGAUAAACUUGACCAAGAAUGAGGCCAUCAACUUCCGGGCGACCAUCGAGCAGGCGUUGGAGGACUUUUCUGUCGGGGGCGAGCGCCAGUACCAGCCUGAACCCAGCGGCAUACUCCGACCUAACGGCCAGAAAACACUCUUCCGACCCUUCACCUCGGACACCAGCGUGGGAGCCAAGCUCGUCGUCGAACCACCUCCCGGUCCUGGAGGCAGGAAAGAGCCCCUUCACGGUAUUCUCAUCUUGAUGGAUGGGCAAGGUAACCCCACUGGGGUCCUGGCGGCCGAGGAAGUGACUGGCUACCGAACAUCGAUGAACGUCAUGGUGCCGUUCUCUUGGAGAAAACACGUCAACAAGAUCGUUAUUUUUGGCGCCGGCGUGCAGGCUUUGUGGCACACACGCCUCAUGUUGACGCUCAGGGGUUCCGAAAUUGACACCAUCACCUAUGUGAGCCCUCGAAGAGACCAGGUCAAGGCACUCAUCGAAAGGGUAUCCAAAGAGAACAAACCUCGUUCGGGUUCAGAUUGCUCCUUCCACUUCAUCGACUCGACCGCUGUGGACUUCCAUGAGCAUAUUGAGGCACGUCUUGGCGAAACCGACUGCGUCUUCUGCACGACACCUUCCACGACGCCCCUGUUCCCCGCUAGCUACCUGACCAAGCGAACGAAUGACGACCGCCAGCCUUUGGUCUCUGCCAUAGGCUCUUGGCAGCCUCACAUUAUCGAGCUGGAUCCCUCUUUGUUGCGCCAUUGUAUCGACGCCAAAGGCGGGUACAACCCUGUCACCGGAGAAGCCAAAGGAGUAGUGCUCGUCGACGACCGGAACUACGCUCUCGAGAACUCUGGGGAAGUUAUUAAGAGUGAGAUCAUGGCCGAGGACAUGGUCGAGCUAGGUCAGAUAAUCGCACUCAGGAAGGGAAGGAUGCAGCCGCCAGACGAGGAGCACGCCGAGCAGGCGGACCGCUUCAUCUCGGAGGGUUUUGUUGUGUACAAGAGCAUUGGCGUGAGCCUGACGGACCUGGCGGCUGGCAAUGCCAUCAUCGAACUCAUUCAGAGCAAGCAGGGUGGAAUUGACAUUUCCAGUUAA